UCCGCCACAUGCCACAUUGAAAUCUGAAAUUCAGAAAAGUCCGUUGAUAAUCUCUUUGAAUUGAGUGGUCACUGUGCGCGUCGUCGAGCAAUUGAUAAAUGUUUAACAACUAAACAAGUUAAGAAACAUUUACACUCGCGCGCAACAGGCGUGUAUGAGAAUAAUAGUCCUUUGAAUUUUGCCAACAAGUUGCAUCCCUUUUCAAGUGUAGUUUUCGGUUUCGCGUGGAAAUCCUUCUCGAAAGGCGUGUGCUGGCGCUGCUUUUUCAUCCCGGAGGACACCGAGAUAUCCAAAGAAGCCAAGCCGAACGGAAGACAUAAGUGCUUGUGUGUGUUCGUACGUGAGUUGUGUGUGUGUGCACGAUUUAAAAAUAAAACAGCAAAUACAUAACAAAAAAUAUAUCGAAAGCAACAGCGCCGCCAAAUACCCACACAAUCUAAGGCGCGACCUGUACGUGUUUACACAUUCUAGACUGUCCGGCUGUCUCUGUGUUGGUGUGCACCAAAAGUUUCCUUAACAAUUCUAAAUCAAUCGAAACCAAAAACCAAUCAAAAUACAGAGCGCAGAUAUCGUUUGCAUGUAACAAUUGCAUUUUAUGGACGACUCAGACUCAUUUGCUUGUUGGAAGACAGCCGGACGUUGGGAGCGAAACUGAAAACAGAAACAGCCACAAAAUAUCCAUAUUCAGCUGUGUUCCAGCUAAACAAAAAACAAAAAAAAAAGCAUCCACACUCUCAUCCCACAAAUCGAAUCGAAUAAGAAACUCACAUCAUCAAUAGAGGGAACAGAGAGACAGAAACAGAGAGAGAGCGAGAGAGAGAGAAAGAUCAUCGGGUAGGAGCAUGAGCCUGUGGAAGCGCAUCUCCAGCCAUGCUGACUGCGAGGCUCGUAUGGCAGCCUACUACGAUGAGAAGGGUCUCUUCGACCUGCGUCUCUGCUUGGCGGCCUGGAUCGAAGACAGAAUAAUGUCUGAACAGAUCACACCAAACUCUGCGGAGCAACUUGAACGUGUGGCCCUCAAGUUCAACGAGGAUCUGCAACAGAAGCUCCUGUCAACGCGCACGGCCAGCGAUCAGGCACUCAAGUACCGUGUGGUGGAGCUUUGCACUCAAAUCCAGCGAACCUCUGCCCUCGAGCUGUACACGCAUUUACGCGGCGGAUUGCAAAAGGAGCUGCAGCUAGCCACUGAGAAGAGUGUGGCCACACCGGGUCCAUCGAUGCCCCUCAGUCCCUACAAUAUGAACAAUCCAGCAGCCAUGGUUGCUGCUGGUGGCGGCGUCGGUGGCGGCUAUAUGGAUUCCAGCGAACUGAUGUCCGUUCAGCCAGCGCUUGGCGGCGGUUUGGGUGUCAUUCACAAUGCGGUGGGCGCGAAUGGUGGCGGUAAUGUGACGCCCAUAGGCAUGGCCACGGCCAAGGUGGAGCUGUACGAGAUCGAGCAUCAGAUAUUGCAGUACUUCAACGAUUUUAGCACCUGCGGCAACUCCCUGAAGAUGCUCGUCCAGAACUACAGCUACAUGCUGAACUCCACGGGUUCGCCGAAUGCUGAGGAGGCCUUCAAGUGCCUGAUGACGGAGAAGGCGGCCAUUGUGACGACCCUGUGCCGCAGCUAUUUAUGCUACGAGCCGCUGCAGGAGCUGAUCAUCAGCGAGCUGAAUAACUGGCGUCGUCAGCAGGCGCUGGCCGGCAAUGGGGCACCCUUCAAUGAGAGCACUUUAGACCAGAUUCAGCGUUGCUUUGAGCUGCUUGAAUCCUUUAUUGGCCACCUGCUGGCGGCCGUCAAGGAGACGCUACGUGUGCAUAUCGUCAACGACGAGCCAGAACUGAACAACCUGCUCGAGCGGGUGAGGAGUGCACAGAAGAACUUGGUCUGUGCCGCCUUCAUUGUGGACAAACAGCCGCCUCAGGUGAUGAAGACAAAUACGCGCUUUGCGGCCUCCGUGCGUUGGCUGAUUGGCUCCCAAUUGGGCAUACAUAACAAUCCGCCCACCAUUGAGUGCAUCAUUAUGUCGGAGAAUCAGGCAAACCGAUUCGUUACCCGCGGCACUCAAAUGGACAGCACCCUGGCCGGGCAAUCCUCAGGAGAAAUACAGAACUGUUCCAGCACCAUGGAAUACCAACAGAAUAACCACAUCUUCUCGGCCAGCUUCAGGAACAUGCAGCUGAAGAAGAUCAAGCGAGCCGAAAAGAAGGGCACCGAGAGCGUCAUGGACGAGAAGUUUGCCCUGUUCUUCUAUGCGACGACCACAGUCAACGAUUACCAGAUACGUGUGUGGACCUUGUCGCUGCCAGUGGUUGUAAUCGUCCAUGGCAACCAGGAGCCACAGUCGUGGGCCACCAUCACCUGGGACAAUGCUUUUGCGGAUAUUGUACGGGAACCGUUUAUGAUCACCGAUCGUGUGACCUGGGCCCAGCUCUCGGUGGCGCUUAAUACCAAAUUUGGGUCAAGUACACAGCGAGCCCUGACCAGGGAUAACCUGGACUUUCUCUAUGAGAAGCUGCAGCGCGAUGAGCGCAGUGAUUAUAUUACAUGGAAUCAGUUCUGCAAGGAGCCGCUGCCCGAUCGCCCGUUCACCUUCUGGGAAUGGUUCUUUGCCAUCAUGAAACUCACCAAAGACCAUCUGAUGGGCAUGUGGAAGGCCAGCUGCAUUAUGGGCUUCAUCAACAAGGUCAAGGCGCAAGAUGAUCUGAUGCGUUCGGCCACCGGGAUUGGUACCUUUCUGUUGCGAUUCUCCGACAGUGAAUUGGGUGGCGUAACCAUUGCGUAUGUGAAUGAAUACGGAUCGGUUACCAUGCUCUCGCCAUGGACUGCACGUGAUUUUCAGAUCCUUAAUCUGGCCGAUCGCAUACGUGAUUUAAAUAUGCUCCGCUGGCUGCAUCCGAGCGACACCAAUGCAGUGCCCCAGGAGCGUGAUCGAGCCUUUGGCGAGUUCUAUUCACCACGUACCGGUACGAAUGAACCCACUCCCGGCUAUGUGAGAAGCACGUUACACGUCCAGGUGCGCAAUACGAUUGGAGAUAAUGGUUCCAUCAUUGGGACGCCACAGCAUCCCAUACCUUCGCCACCGCAGGAUAGCAGCAUGUCGAUGGGAAACUUUGACGACUCUGAUUCGGAUGAUAGCUCUGUGGCGGAUGCCCUAGAGAGAUAUGUGGCGGGCACAUCACCCGAUGAUCCCAUAUUCCAUCAGAUCAGGGCCACCAUUAUGAGUGCAAUGAUGUAGAAUCAUUUGGCAGCGAGUUCCGGUGAAUUUGGAAUGGCGGAUUUUGAUUCGAUGACGAACUUUGUCGAUGUGUAUAAACUAUAAACAAGCAACAAAUAUAUAUACAAUAUAUAUAUAUAUAUAUAGAAACUAUGUAUAAACAAAAGAUCUUGUAAACAAUUGAAAGUGUGCCGUGUGGAUGCCCCCGCCCCGACCUAGAUGAUAUAGAUAUGCCCCUCCUCUCCCCCAGCAGCGAUUGGCAGCCAUCGUGGAACUGCUUUUUAAAACAGUUUUUAUCGUCAAGUUUUUACUUAAAAUGUAAUUGUAAGAGAUUUGGAAUGCAUCGUUGAGGCAUGUUUAGUUUUGCAUUUGUGAAACGAGAAACAACUGUACCAAGAGCAAUCAAUGCAUGCAAAUUGCUACCACACCUCCACACACACAACACCCUGCAGCACACAGCCAGACCAUAAUAAUGUGUGAUCAAUUCGAAAGUGUGAACUUUUGGGUUUCCAUUGGAAUGUGUCCGCAUGUUAUUCGUUUUUUAUACACUACAUGCAUAUAAAAAUAUAUAUUUUUUUAUACAUACGAUACGAUACGAUGAUAUAUGUUUAAUUUUUUUUAAUACUGUGUGACAAAGCAUUAAUCUUACGACGGAUUGUGACGAGAGAAUCGAUUUAGUUAGUGAGUAACUAUUUGUUGAAUCUAAAUUUUUGAUUUUGAUUUAGUAAUUUUAAAGGAUUUAUUUGUAAACGAUCUAUCAAAUCUUAGCAACUAAACUACCUUCGAGAUAAGGUCUAAGUUAAACGAGGUGAAGCAGCAAGGCAAAUUGUAAUUGCGUUUUAGUUUUAAUUGUAUUAUUUACAUAAUAUUGUGAAAUGCUUUAUGUGAGAGAAACCACCCUACCCUUACUCCCCCUUUAUUGGCUUCCAAUGCGGAAAAUGCGCAAAAAUCUAACCGAUCCGAUGUAUAUUUUUUAAUUAUUUGAGUUUGAGUAUGAGUUUUGAGAGUCCAGGGCACAGUUUGCAAUGCAUUUCAAAUGCAACAAAUGCGAUUGCCUUUAGUCAGUUUAAUGGGUGGAGCACACGAAAUACAUACAUAUGUACAUAUGUUUAUGUAGGUACAUUAUGUUUAUAUGACAACGUAAUAAUAUUUUUUUCUACACAACCAUAAAACACUACACUACACACUACACUAUGCUACACUAAGCUUUGUACCAGGAACCAUAAGAAUUUUAUAAGACUUAAGUACAGCUCCCACAACACAAAAAAACCCUGACACAAAUAAAUA